GAUGGAUACUCCCAGCUAUCAGCCUACGAAAUGAAAAGGCUGAAGAACAUUACAGAGAACGCUAAAUUCUUUGCUGCUCUACAGCUGCACAAGUCAGCUGCAAGACUUAAGCAAAUUGCAACCAAAAGACAAUCCCAUGUCGUCAAAAGACCCAAGCCCAAGAAGGUGGAGGAGGAACCGGUCCGGCGGCGAUCCAUGCGCCUGCUCCGAGUGGAGCCCACAGGAAUUCCUAUGGUGGAGACACCUGCCCAGCCACAAGCAGAGAGAGAUCUGCAUGCAGAUGAUGAUGCUGUUAAGUGCACACCUGACAUCACGAGGUACCGGGAGAGCCUGAGCAGCAUGGUGCUGAGCGAGGAGAACAUCAGGAAGGUGGUGAAAUCCCGGGUGUGCUCCAUGGCCAUCCACCCCUCUGAAAGCACCAUCCUGGUGGCAGCUGGAGACAAGUGGGGGAAUGUUGGCCUCUGGAAUGUGGUGAGUGAGUCUGAGGAAGGAGCCCACAUGUUCACCCCCCACAAUUUCCCAGUCUGCUGCAUGCACUUCUCUCCCUGCAAUCCUGCCCACCUGCUGUCCCUCAGCAAUGACACUCUGCGCUGUGGCGAUGUCACCAGGGCUGUCUUUGAUGAGAUCUGCAGGAGUGAGGACAACUUCUCCUCCUUCGACUUCCUGGAGGACAAUGCCUGCACAGCCAUUGUGGGACACUGGGAUGGGGCUGUGGCUGUGGUGGACAGACGGACGCAGGCAAUGGCCCCGGAGCUGUCUGUGGACAUCGGCUUCAGGCGCACACGGACAGUCCACGUGCACCCUCUGAGCAAACAGUACUUUCUGGCUGCUGGAGCAGUGGAUGUUUGUGUUUUCGACAUUCGACACCUGAAGAGCAAGCAGAAUGAGCCUGUGAGCUCCCUCAAAGGACACAUCAAGAGUGUGGCCUCAGCCUAUUUCUCACCUGUCACCGGGAGCAAGGUGGUGACAGUGAGUGCUGAUGACAAGCUGAGGAUCUACGACACCACAUCCUUGUCAUCCACUGUCACAGCCCUCAGCGUCAUCAGACACAACAGCAACACAGGGCGCUGGCUGACCCGCUUCAGGGCCAUCUGGGACCCCAAGCAGGAGCACUGCUUUGUGGUGGGCAGCAUGGCACAGCCCAGGAGGAUCGAGGUCUUCCAGGACACCGGGAAGUUGCUGCACAGCUUCUACAACCUGGAGUGCCUCAGCUCCGUGUGCUCCAUCAACGUGGUCCACCCCAGGCAGAAUAUACUGGUGGGAGGCAACUCCAGUGGUCGCCUCCAUGUCUUCAAAGAGUAA